UUCGUAAUACGACGCCGUUUGGCAAUGUGCAUAUUCAGUCGUCGUCUUCAAUCUGAAAAACCCUUCCCCCCAAUUUUUUUCUUCUGACAAGACAAAAUUACUGAGCUCCAAGGGACCUGAAGAAGACGACGUACAACCCUUCCCUAGGUGUAUAUUAUACGCCUCUUCGAUAGUUUCUCUCUCACACAGUUCACGUACUCGUAUGUGGACAAUAAAGAUCUGAAAAAUUCAGAAAGAAGAAUGUCAUUUGGUGGAUUUGGGAAGAACUCUGGUCCAAGUACGCCGCCUGCAGCUCAGAACCCGUUUGCCCAAUUUCCUCGCCUCCCUUCUCCGUCUCCUCCUCGUCCGAUUUCACCUAGGUCCUCAAUCAAUUAUAGUGGCCUUGAUGCUUCUGGGUCCACACCUUCACCGCCUUUGGCUUCCUCUCGCCCUUUUCCAGGAAGACACGAUCCUAUAGAUAAGAGCUACUCAGUUCCUUACCGAGCACCACCGCCUUCCCUGGUUGUUCAGAAAAAUCUACACGCUAGUGGCCAGUAUCGUCAAAAUGAGCAAAGCAACGGGCCUCCUUUGAGAUGGGAUGAUGUGAAAGCAUCGCCAUUUAAAGAUCAUGAUGCCCGAACCUAUCAAAGGCCUCCAGCCCUUCUGUCACAGAAUGCUUCAAGUAAUUCAAGAACUGGCCCCCCUGCUAAAACCUCAGAACUUCGAUAUAUUGAAAGAGCCAAUUUACCUUAUUCUCAAUCACUAGAUGAAAUUUCAAAAAACACCAGUCCUUUAGAUAAGAGCUACUCGGUUCCUUACCGAGCACCAUCGCCGUCCCUGGUUGUUCAGAAAAAUCUAUAUGCUGGUGGCCAGAAUCGUCACAAUGAGCAGCACCAUUUUGCGUCCUCCAUGGGGGGUAAUCAUUCAAAGUCAUCCAGCCAUAAUACCACACCACCAGCCCAACUGGGAACUCCCUCAGUCUCGACAACAGGAGGAUCUUAUCAAUCUGGACCAGUGUUUCAGACCAAACACACAGAUGGUCCAUUUCCAAAAAGAACAAGAUCACCGACACUUCUUACCACCGGUGGGGUUUCCCGAGAAGAUAAUGUUUCCGGUUCAGGUGGUCACCAAAGAUCUUUGGUCAACUAUAGGGACCUUGAUGCUCCUGAGGCGAUGCCUUCACCGCCUUUGGCUUUUGACAGCAGCUUCCCUAGUAGGGAUCCCCCUCGCCCUUUUGCUGGAGCUCAAAAUCAUUAUCACUCCCGCACGUGGGCGAAUCAAUCAACAUCCUCUAUCAAUAAUACCACUCAACUGGUUCAAGAAGAUAUGCCUUCAGUCUCGACAAGUGGUGCCUAUCAAUCUGGAAGGACAUUUCAGACCACACAUGUAGAUGGUUCACUUCCAAAACGAACGAGAUCUCCAACAAUUCCAUCUCCCAGUGGUGGUUUCACACAGAAUCCUGCUAUUGCAUCUGAUGGUUACAAAAGAGCUCAUGGUUUUCCAAAUCAAAGUCAGUCUCCAACAUCUGUACCAACCAUCAGCGUUGAAACCUCUAUCAACAAGCCCAUGCACUUUCCAGCUGUCAAACGGACCAAGAUACCACUUCUAUCUUCACCUGAUAAAAAAAUUCAAGAGAAUUUGGAUCCUGCAGAAGAUAUUGAGCGGGAAUUACAUGCCAAGGCAAAGCGUUUGGCCCGGUUUAAAGAUGAACUAAGCCAACCCGUGGAAAGUCAUCCUACUGUUAGAAAUCAAACUGUUGCAACCAAAAUGCAACACCAUCUUACACCCGAGAGAGAGAGAGAGGAUCCAACAAUGGAUGUGAUGGGGGAUACCGUUGGUGGCAAUUUUUCGUCAGAAUAUGAAGGCGUGGCAUCACCCAGUAAUAUAGUUGGAGUAUGUCCAGAUAUGUGUCCAGGGUCCGAGAGAGCUGAACGUGAAAGAAAAGGAGAUCUUGAUCAAUAUGAACGCCUGGAUGGAGAUAGAAAUCUGACCAGUGAAUUUCUUGCCGUGAAAAAGUACACUAGGACUGCAGAGAGGGAAGCAGAGCUUAUUCGUCCAAUGCCCAUCUUGCGAAACACAAUGGACUAUCUUCUGAAUUUGCUAGAUGAGCCUUAUGAUGAUAGAUUCCUUGGCUUGUAUAACUUCUUAUGGGAUAGGAUGAGGGCCAUCCGUAUGGAUUUGAGGAUGCAGCAUAUCUUCAAUCUAGAGGCCAUCAGUAUGCUGGAGCAAAUGAUAAGGCUUCACAUAAUAGCCAUGCACGAAUUAUGUGAAUAUACUAAAGGAGAGGGAUUCUCUGAGGGAUUUGAUGCACAUCUUAAUAUUGAGCAGAUGAACAAAACAUCUGUUGAAUUGUUUCAGUUUUAUGACGAUCACAGAAAAAAAGGAGUACAUGUAUCAUCAGAAAGAGAAUUUAGAGGCUAUUAUGCACUCCUCAAGCUUGACAAGCAUCCAGGCUAUAAAGUUGAACCUGCAGAGCUGUCACUUGAUCUGGCUAAGAUGACUGCAGAAAUGAGGCAAACUCCAGAAGUGGUAUUUGCCCGUGAUGUAGCAAGAGCCUGCAGAACAGGGAAUUUUAUUGCCUUCUUUAGGCUUGCCCACAAAGCUAGCUAUCUUCAAGCAUGUCUAAUGCACGCUCAUUUCUCUAAGUUACGGACCCAGGCCCUUGCUUCAUUGCACGCUGGUCUGCAGAUUAACCAAGGGAUUCCCAUCACUCAUGUUGCUAAGUGGCUUGGGAUGGAGGAAGAGGACAUAGGAGACCUUCUGGAAUACUAUGGUUUCUCACUCAAGGAUUUCGAAGAACCAUAUAUGGUGAAGGACAAUGCAUUUAUCAAUGUCGAUAAAGACUUCCCUGUCAAGCGUUCAAAACUGGUCAAUGGGAAAAGGUCAAGGGUGAUAGCUAGUGAUGUCUCACUACCUUCACUUACUGAAUUGUAUUCUGCCGAGGAAGUUAAAGAAUUCCAGCUAAAGAAGAAUCCUGAGCCAAUACCUGUACCUUUACAACCUGUUGUGCCCGUAAAUACUACCCAGUUCCAUGAUCAGAAAAUGCAUGAUUUUGGUACCAUCUUAUCCCCAAAAUCCCCAAAAUCCCCAAAAGGCAACAUGCAAAGUCCCAUGGAUAAAACAGCCAUUUCUCUACUGAUGUCUGAUAAAAAAAUGGUUGGACAUGAGGCUGAGGUGACACCAGCUAGUCCCUUGGUAUUGGAUUUUUCCAAUAGUGCCUCUGAAUAUCAACGAAGUAGAGUUGAAUCUGCACAGAAACCGAAGUUUGAACCUGUUUUUAGAAACUCUUUUGGUAGAUCAAUCAAGCAUGAUGUUGAAGCAACAGCACCAAUCACACCAGAAAGUGCUGAGGAAAAUAGAUUACAUGUGGUGCCUCUAAAUUCUGUUGUCCAUACUCCAAUACCACAACCUAUGUUCACUGAAGACUUAGAAGAUGAAGAAGUGACAGGUAUCAUGGAAGAAGAUAAUUCUGAUGAAGUGGCAACAGGUUAUUAUAACAAAGAAGUUGUGGAAGCCAAACUUAAGCUGAUUCUGAGGAUAUGGAAGCGUCGUACAGCAAAGAAAAGGGAACUGCGUGAGCACAAACAAUUGGCAGCAAAUGCUGCCUUGAGUUUGCUUUCUCUGGGUCCACCAAUUUGGCGAUUUGAAGUACAAUCAGGCGAUUUCCACACAUUCAACAUUGACCAUGUCAUGAGUGAAAGACAUGAAAUUCAAGAAAGAUCAUGGUCAGUGCUGAAUCCUUCUGAUGUGGUAGCUGCUAAACUCAUCGAAAGAAAUCAAGACGCCAAAUUUCUUUGCUGGAAGUUAGUUUUAUGUUCUCAGGAGGCGUCUGUGCAUAAAGACAACGUGGGUUCAUGGUUACAUUCUAAGCUUAUGCCCGGCAACAAUGAUGGUGAUGGCGACCUGCUUGUAUCAUCUCCUGGUCUAGCAAUUUGGAGAAAUUGGAUUUCUACGCAAUCCGGUGUUGACCCAACGUGUUGUUUGUCGGUUAUUAAGAGCAUCCAAUUUGAGGAUAUAAAUAAAUCAAUAACAGGAGCAAGUGCAGUUCUCUUCGUUUUAUCAGACCAUAUUCCCCUAGAGAUCCAGAAGAAACGUCUUCAUGAUAUUGUUAUGUCUCUACCUUCUGGUUCUCGUUUGCCUCUUCUUAUCUUGAGUGGCUCUCGCAAGGACGAGUCUAAUACCUCCGACAUAGCUUAUCUUUUGGGACUCCACAACAUUGACAAACAAAGGGUAGUUAUGUUGGACAUCGUUUUUCUGAAAGACAGGGAUACGAAAAAAAUGGAUGGAUUUUUCAGCGAUAAACAUUUAAGAGAAGCGCUAGAAUGGCUGGCUAGUGAAUCACCACCGCAGAUAGUUCUCACCGAGACAAAAACACGUGAAUUGGUUUUGUCCCAUUUAAAUUCUACCCUCGAGAUUCUUGACGAGACAAAUACUCACGGAGUUGGUCCGAACAACUGCAUUUCGGCUUUCAACGAAGCUUUGGACCGAUCAAUGAAGCAAAUGGCAGCUGCAGCCCAUGUAAAUCCCAUUGGUUGGCCUUGUCCGGAAAUUGACUUUCUCGAGAAGUCAACUGACGAGUACAGAGCCGCAGCUUGGUAUUUACCAAGCAUAGGAUGGAGCUCACCUUCGAGAACCGACAUGUUAAUUUCUGCAUUAAAUGAUUUAAAGCUCCCCAUUUUUGAGGACGAUCUUUCAUGGUUACAUAAAGGUCUUAACAUUGGUGAUGAUAUUGAGAGUCUAAUAUCGCGGCUUGAAAAUUGCUUAAUCGGAUAUUUAACAGAGACGAGUAAGAUGAUGGGAGUAGACUUGGCCCAAAAAGAGGCAGGUAUCGUGCUUCAAAAGAACACACGGCUCGAGCUUCACAACACUACCUAUUACAUAAUUCCGAAGUGGGCAUCGAUUUUCCGAAGGCUAUUUAGUUGGCGGCUAAUGAAUUUAAACCGUGGAGAAGUGUCUUCAGUAUAUACAUUAUUAUUGCAGCAGAAAAGUUCCGAAGAUGAUACGGAGUCGAAAAGCAGUAGAUUUCCGCCUCCACAUGUCGUCCAUCUGUCACUCGACGAAAUGGUUGAAAUUAGCGGUUUCCAUCGGGAAUUGGGGUCCAAUCAAACGGAACACGAAGCAUUUCAAACGAGGUCAUUACCACCUAUGGCCUAUGAUGAUGCUGUAAUAAUGGAGCAUCGAGAGACGAAUUCACAGGAUAGCUUAUUGACAAGUUAUGACCAUUCAAUAGCUGAGGAAGAAAAUGAAGAUGGAGUUCAGGUGGUGCACAUGACUAAAGCAGCUAGUAUUAAUGUAACCGAUAAAUUAACUGAAUUAUUGGAGAAGUGUAAUAUUGUGCAAAACCAGAUUGACAAGAAGCUGUCAUUCUAUUUUUGAUUUUUUUUUUCUUUUUUCUUUUUUGGGGUUAAAUGUGAAAUUGUAAAGAAGAAGCUGACACAUAAGUACUUUUGUGUAAGGUGUUAUAUCUUUUUGCCAUCUUCCCGACAGAAGCUGCUUUAAAUCAAUGCCCAUAGUCUGUGAUAUCCAAUUUCACACUUCAUUGGUACACUGUCUGUGUGUCAGUGUGUGUUGAUUUCUUGCUGUAGUGCUCAAUUAUUUGUUCAACUGUCAAUUUUUGGAAGUCUUAUAUUCAGAUGUUUACGAAUUGAUUCGAGCUGAA